AGUGGUGUUCGAGUGUUGCUGGAUUGGUGACUGUACGAUUUCCGGGAUAAAUUUUCGUGUUUUCUGUAAAAUAUUUAUUAUAGUGGCAGUUUCAGUGAAUACUUUUGACCAAUUAAUUUUGAAUAUGCACCCGAGUAAAAGCUAGUCGCGAUGUUUCGGUGUAUUCCAAUUUUUAAAGGCUGUAACAGGCAAAUUGACUAUAUUGAUAAGAGGCACAGUUCUCUUCCCAAUGUUCCAGAGGAUAUUUUGCGGUAUUCUAGGAGUUUAGAAGAACUUUUACUCGAUGCUAAUCAUAUCAGAGAUCUUCCAAAGAAUUUCUUUCGGCUCCAAAGAUUAAGGAAAUUAGGCUUAAGUGAUAAUGAAAUUCAAAGGCUACCUCCAGACAUUCAAAAUUUUGAGCAUUUAGUUGAGCUGGAUGUAUCUCGUAAUGACAUUCCCGACAUACCGGAAAGCAUCGGCCACCUCCACUCGCUGCGGGUGGCCGACUUCAGUUCCAAUCCCAUCGCUCGCCUGCCGCCCGCCUUCGCUCAGCUACGGUCGCUCACCACCCUCGGGCUCAACGACAUGUCGCUCACCAGCCUGCCGACCGAUUUCGGCCAGCUGGUGUCGCUUACGUCGCUCGAGUUGAGGGAGAACCUGCUCAAGGAGCUGCCCGCAACGUUCAGUCAGCUGGUGAACUUGGAACGGCUGGAUUUGGGCGAUAACGAGAUAGAGGAAUUGCCUCCACAUAUUGGUAAAUUACCUGCCCUCCAGGAAUUGUGGCUGGACCACAACCAGCUGCAGUCUCUGCCUGCGGAGAUAGGACAGCUGAGCAACCUGAGCUGUCUGGAUCUGAGCGAAAACAGGCUAGAGUACCUGCCAGAGGAUGUAGCUGGGCUAGAAAGCCUGACAGAUCUGCAUUUGUCGCAAAACGUUUUAGAAACGUUGCCUGAUGGUAUUGGUAAGCUAGAGAAGCUUACUAUUCUUAAGGUUGACCAGAACCGACUUACGUCACUCAACGUAAAUAUCGGUCACUGUCACAACUUACAAGAGUUAAUUUUAACUGAAAAUUUUCUCAGUGAACUGCCUAGAGAAAUAGGCAAGCUGGUCAAGUUGACCAACCUAAAUGUAGAUAGGAAUAGUUUGACCAAUAUACCUGAAGAAAUAGGUAAUCUAUGUGAGUUAGGAGUAUUAAGUUUGCGAGACAAUAGACUGACGUUGUUGCCCGAUACCCUGGGCAACUGCAAGCGACUACACGUUCUAGACGUAUCGGGCAAUAGGUUGCCCCAUCUGCCUUAUACCUUGCUUCAGCUCAGUCUUAAGGCUGUGUGGUUGAGCGAGAACCAAGCUCAACCUUUGCUGACGUUUCAGACUGACACGGAUCCAGAGACUGAGAAAACGGUGCUCACUUGUUUCCUGUUACCCCAACAGGAAUACCAGCCCACUAUAACUUCCGACGGCCGCUUGUAUCGCUACGACACCGGUCUUAGUAACGGAACUUUGUCCCGCAUCUCAGCUACGACGGUGCGCACGGACGACGCCACGUCGGACGAUUGGCAGGAGCAGGAGGCGAGCAGGACGCACAGCGUCAAGUUCACCGAUCCGCAGGACAAGGACAAUAAAGAGACGCCUUUUGUACGUCAAAAUACACCACACCCUCGGGAAUUAAAAGCCAAAGCGCACAAACUGUUUGGUAAAAGUGGCAACGUUGCGCAGGAAGAUUCAGAUUCGCAUCAGCAUGAUAGCAUCAUCAGUGUUACCACGAAUUCCAUAGACCCGCCAAGCGAACCUGUUAAUGCGGUCAUUACGCAGCAAGCGCCACUUGUCACAAAGGUGGCCACGCCCCCGCCUCCUGUCAAAUACGAAGAAGAACCUCGCGUUCCUAGUGUGCUGGGAAACGGAAAUGGACCGGAGAGUAGCGAGCCAAGUCAAGACGAAGAUACCGAUGAUGAGUUCCUCAGACGUCGUGUGGGCUUCGUUCCCGCCCACAGCGACUCGGACGGCGUAUCCAGGGAGGAGGGAAAACAGUCUCGACUGCACAGGCGCGACACCCCCCACCACCUGAAAAAUAAGCGAGUCUCCACGCCGAUGGACAAGGAGAAGGUGGCCAACAUCAUCGCGCAGGCUCUAAAAAGAAAAGAAGAAGGUAGCGAAUCUGACAGGAUCAGCGUUUCCACCAAUCCGGAAUCUCUGGGAGAUCAUAGUUGUACAAGUAGUCAAGCUGGCGAUCAGACGGCUACUACCAUCGACCCCACGGUCGAGCUGCGCGAAGAAAAGUACGAGAUCCGCAUCGAGCGCUCGAACGCCGGUCUUGGUUUGUCCAUAGCGGGCGGCAAGGGCUCGACGCCCUUCAAGGGCGACGACGAGGGCAUCUUCAUAUCGCGGGUGACGGACGGCGGCCCGGCGGACCUGGCCGGGCUCAAGGUGGCGGACAAGGUGGUCAAAGUGAACGGGGUGGACGUAACGGAGGUGUCGCACUACGAUGCGGUGGAGGUACUCAAAGCCUCAGGGCAAACACUAGUGUUGGAGGUAUUACGGGAGGUAACUAGACUGGUUCGCAAUAAGCCUGAAGUGAUCAGUAAUAACAAACCAGAGACGUAUCACAUAACUCCACCUCCGCCACUGCCUCCUGUAGAGAACUCAGUGGAGACCAAAACGAUCCUGGUACAUACAACCUUAAUUAGAGAUUCCAGAGGACUUGGGUUCAGCAUAGCUGGUGGUAAAGGAAGCCAACCCUUUAAGGCUGAUUCCGAUGCGAUAUUCGUGUCGAGAAUAACAGAUGGAGGCGUCGCCGACAAAGAUGGAAAGUUAGCUCUAGGAGAUCGUGUCAUCUCUAUUAAUGGAGUCGAUCUCACUGGUGCUUCCCAUCAGCAAGCUGUCAAUCUCCUCACUGGAUUGGAAAGAUUCGUCAGGCUAACAGUAGAACGUGAGGUGCCUGUUGAUGAACCCGUCCCCCCUGGUGCGUCACCGUCGCCAGGGCCUCAACAGAGCCCUAGGUUGUUUGGUCUCCCCAAACCCUAUACAGGGUUGUACAGCGCCAAUAGUUACAUGGCAAACCGUCCAUUCGGUGCUUACAGACGAUCUGUGGAAAGCGACUCGAGCAAAAAGAGCAAUUCUCCCGAUCUAAUAAAGCCUCCAACGCCCGUAACCACGCCCCCAUCGACCGUUAAAGACGCACCCAAGACGAACGGCAUCGCCCACAACGCCACGCCCCCUAUCCAAGAAGUGCCCAAACCCGCCCCGCGUCGCCUUAACGGCUCCACCACAACCGCGCCGCCCCCUCUAGCGCCGACCCCGCCUGCAGCCGCGCCCACGAUGACCAAUAACAAUCACAAGAAGGCCACGCCCACGUCGUCGAUCGAAAGCGACGAUCAGGUACUGCCCCGGCCCAUCACCAACGAGGAAUUCCAAGCCAUGAUCCCCGCCCACUUCCUUCCCAAGCCGCCUCCCACUCCUCCGCCUCCUCGCAGUUCAGACGACGCCGCCGACCCGCCGACGGCCAACGGGGGUGCCGCUUCGGUUACGACCGUGACCAUUCGUAAACCGGACCCGAUCGAGUUACCCCCCGCCCCCACCGGUCCCGGGCGUGUCACCGAGACGAUAACGAAAAGCACGUUCACGGAAACUGUGGUGACGCGCAUCACGGACAAUAAAUGGGUGGCGCCACUCAUCAUCGAGGAUGUGAUGUUGACCAAAGAAGGAGGAUCUCUGGGAUUCAGUAUUAUAGGAGGAAGCGACCAUUCCAGUAUACCAUUCGGUGGUAAAGAGCCAGGAAUCUUCAUAUCACACAUGGUACCCGGAGGUACGGCUUCCAAUUCUGGUAAAUUACGAGUGGGCGAUCGGAUUUUGAAGGUUAACUCGGAAGAUAUCACGAAAUAUACACACCAAGAGGCUGUCAUGGCGUUGCUGAGACCCGGAGAUACUAUAACGUUGACGAUACGUCACGAUCCUUUGCCAGAUGACUAUCAGGAAUUGGUUAUAGAGAAGAACGAAAAUGAAAAAUUAGGAAUGCACAUUAAAGGAGGACUACAAGGUCAAAGAGGAAAUCCCCUAGAUCGUUCAGAUGAAGGCGUUUUCAUAUCAAAAGUCAACACAUUAGGCGCUGUACGACGCGAUGGUAGGCUCAAAGCAGGCAUGCGUCUCAUUGAAGUGAACGGCAAGUCAUUGCUCGGAGCUACUCAUAACGAAGCUGUGAACUCACUGAGGCAUUGCGGCAACAAAAUACGGUUGAUCGUUUGUAAGGGUUAUGACAAGGCCGACAUGGACAAGGCAGUGGCGGAGGGUCGAUUAACCAGGGGCGGGUCAGUCAGUAGCCGGUCGCAGAGUGUGAGCAGUUUGGACGUUAACGACGAAGAUUUUUCUUUGUUUGAAAAAGAGGAGGCAGAGAAACGGCUGCAACCUCUCUAUCAAAGUGAGGAAGAUCUCUCGUUAGUCGAGGCCAAACCGACUACACCUGCGGAGAAAGUUAUGGAUGUUGUCCAUGCUGUCGAAACGUUAGCCAGGGGCAACCAAGAAAACGCUGCACCCCCUAAAUCACCUGGAGGGCCCAACUCUGAGCUCAAAACGACGACAGUUGUUAUGAGCAAGCAUACGUUAGCACCUCAACAUACUACUGAGCAUUCCGCCACACUGCCUAAACCCGCCAAACCCAACAUGGAGGUUGAUACGGGCACUUUACAGCAUACAACCACACAAAGAGUCAGAUCUUUAUCAACUGACAAUUUGGAUAAAGUAUCUCAGGAUGAAAAGGGCUCAUUUAAUCGGUCUAGUCUGGAUUCACUUUUGACAGAUGACUUAUUCCAACAACUUCUGAAAGCACAUUCGGCAGCUAAUUUAACUAAAGAGUCUUCUAAGUCGACUGAAAGUACUGCAGUUCAAACUACAGUGUCUUUAAAUGCUGAGUCUCAAAAUGAAUCAUCUUCUAGUAAUCCCGAUUACAUUGCGUCAUCAAUCUCAACAGAAUCUUCAAAUUUAAUAGGCACGUUAGCUUCUAAUGUCGCACCAAGCAACAUAAAUACUAUAGCCACGCCACUUAAACCUCUUCAGGUGGAUAAUUUACCGGAACCUCCAACUAUUUUAUCUCCAACCAAUCCAUUCUACCACGAAAGUCUACUCGCACAACUUCAGAACGAUGAUAACUCAUCUAAUAAGUCAGUAUUAGCUCCGUCUGUAGACUUUGUAGCACCACCAAACAGUUUUCAAAACUACGAAAACUUGAAUACAGUAUUUAGAUAUUCGACUGAUAGUUUGAACCAGGUUUUAGGUCCGGAUAAUGUGGGAUAUAAGGUUAAUAAUUAUCCGAUUCCUAUGAAUCAGCCACCUCAACAUACUAUCAACGUGUUUAAUCAGUUCCCAUUCCCUAGUGGCUAUCGUUCUGACAUGGUUCCGCCUUAUCAAAGUUAUACAGUGCCUAGCUACUCUAAUAAUAUAUCGGAGAAUCCGUAUACCUUACCACCAAUGAACUCAUUCAGCUCUAUAGGCCCUUUUUCGCCACCCCCCGCUGAAUUCACACCCUUACUUAAAGACGAGGAUAUUAUCAAGGUCCCUCCUCCUCCUCCUUUGGAUCAGUUUCUUUCUAGCGACCUACCUCCACCUUUACCCCGAACCCCUCCUCCACCUCUAACAAAACCGACCACUCCUCGAAAGCCAAUAGUCAAGCCUAAAGAAAAACCUCCACCUGUUCCUAGUAAACCUUCACUAAGAACGUAUCGUAGUGAGGAGACGUUGUUGAACACAGAUCCGGAGUUGUUUGACACUGCGAGAAAGAGCGCGAAUGCGAAAUUAAGUAGUUUCGGUAAGAGGCUGUCGAUGUUUGAGAAUUUCAGCAAGCCACCUCAAAGCCCGACAAGUCAUAGCGUUAAACAGUCAGUUAGCGAUAGGAAAAAGUUCUUUGAAACCGCUAUGGAGGAAAGCCAAAAACCCGUCAAAAAAGAAAAAACUUUCAGUUAUUUGAGUCCGGAUGAAGUAGAAAAAUUGAAAGCAGAAGAAGAUAAGAAGAUAGCGCAACUGUCUUCAGCUGACAUCAACUCGUUACACACUCUCAGUCAUUCCGAUAACGAAUCAAUUGAAUCUCAACCUACUAGUAGGCCUUCGAGCACUAUAGGCAUAGUGCGCACGGCGAAGGCAGAAAGGCGCCUGCGUGACCGCAUGCGCGAGGAGGGUCUUUUGACUGAUGAAGACGAAAGUGGUUUGUCACCAGCCGAAGAGAGGGCGCGGCGAGCGGAAAAACGGGCAGCUUGGCGCGCAGCUAGACUUAAGUCUUUGGAGCAAGACGCAAUCCAAGCUCAGAUGGUUAUCAAAUCAAUGAGCGAUAUGGUUGGUGCGGGCGAAAUACCAGCCAUGCCAGACAUACCCGACGUAAAAAGCGAGCCCGUCUGCACUAACAGCAUGCCGUCGCCAACAUCAUCUUCCCCGCCCCCACCGAACGACGACGAGGCCACGCCCCUACGCCCAUCCUCCGCCGACUUCCCCCGAUUGGCGCUGCGCGAGAAACCGGCCGGCGCCGCCCGCACGGUGCGCGAGAGCGAGAAGGUGCUGGGCGAGACAGUGAGCAGGAAGACGGAGGAGUACGUGGACCAAGCCACGGGAGAGAGACGUGUGCGCACCGUGGAAGUGGUCGAGAAACUGAUCGAGCGAGAGGUGGAAACGUUAGAACAAAAAAUAAUUUCCUUAGAACUGACGAAAUCAUCCGACGAAACGCCCCUAGACGAAGAACGGGAAGAAAUCGAAAAGGAAGAGAGAGAAGAAGAUGCGACUCGCCACGAAGAAGUCGAGGAGUACGACACGGAAACUACAGCCUCUGAGCCUGCCACGCCCACCGUCGAAGACAAACCUAUAGUAAACGUCAGCGAAAGCAGCGCUACCAAUACGAAGAAAAAACGACGCAAGAAAACGAAGAAGGGUAAACACUGAGACCCUGUAAACAUUCCGUUCAUUUGACUGUUCUAUCACAGAAUUUAGAAAUUAAGAAUAAGACAUUGUUUUAGUUCGUUUGGAUAUUUUAGUUGACCUUGAUGCCAUUUUUUUGUUGGUUGGUAUUCGACGAGGCUCUGAAUUACAAGUAAAAUAAAUAUGAAAUCUAUAAAUUGACUAGUGACAGAGUUGUCUGUUGUUUUAAUUCAAAAAAUAGUUUGUAUUUUGUCAUUUUUUGGAUCUCGUCUGUAAAAAUCGAUAUAGCGUUAUAGCCGUUGUAACAAUUUCUUAAUUAUAUUAUCUGAGUUAAACUGACUGACUCUUACAUGUCCAUGUCUCCAAUCUCUCUCAGAUAACUAACUAUUAGAUAAAGAAAAUACUAUCAAAAAAUGGCAGUCAUACGCUUAACCUCAAAUUAAAGUAUUACUUAGGAGUGCGAGUAACUCAAAAUGUCGAUUUUGCAUUUCUCUUUUCUGUGAUUCUGUGCCAAGAGAAGAUAUUUUUUAGAUCAUUUUAAAAACGUUUAUUUUUUUUUUAAUUUCUGACAAUAGCAUAUCAGUUUAAUUUGACUUUGCAAUACCGUUAUUUCUUAAAAUCUGGAUGAAACUAAAGGUGGGUUUAUAUACAUGCGUCAUACGUCAUUCAAUCGCACCAAUCGUGUUGAGGUAUUACCUGUCAUUUUUU